AUGAGGAUUGAGCGAGUUUGGAAGGAGCAAAAUGGUGCAGCUCGAGCAUGCACUACUAGCCGUCAGUGCCCUUCAACACAUUAUUGCACACCAGUGACCACGUGGACCGGAAAUCGCAACAACUUCGCCUCACAAAAAUCUUGUCAGAAUUACUGUCUCUCUGAAGCUUGCCCGCCGGGAACAGUUGUUGCCAAGGACGGUGAUGGCAGUCGACUGGUUCAAUGCAGCAAUCCAGGCGGUAACGGCCGUGUUUCUGGUGGAUGUCCCGAAGGAUACACUUGUUAUUCAUCUCCACUUUUGGACCAAAACGUGUGCUGUGGAGCCAGCACCGAGCUGCAGUCACUCUGUCCUACUUCCUCAACUCCAUUCAUCUCUGCCCUCUCUCUUCAACCAAUGCAGUGUACUCCUAAUGUGGAUGGUGCCUGUCCUGGAAAUUUCUUCUGCUGGUUCUCAACGACAGCCACCUCUGUCAACGCCUUUUAUUGCUGUCGCUCUCCGGAUAGCGUUGAUACUGGA